UUUUUUGAAAAGCCAUAUCUGACCACCGGAAGGCGGUAGCUUGGUUUUAAACGCCCAUAUCUGACCACCGCAAGCCGCAAGCACGUCGCCGAAGAAACAGAGAGAAAAGCUUCCGCUUGGCAUUUGCCGGAAAAGUCGAAAUCCAUUCAUGGCCGCGAUUAUAGGUUACUAGGUCAGUUUAUUUGGAAUCUUAGGUUUAAAGUCAAUGGGUGCGCCUAAGCAGAAGUGGACGCCUGAAGAAGAAGCUGCACUUAGAGCUGGAAUUGCUAAACAUGGGCCAGGCAAAUGGAAAAUAAUACUAAGAGACCCAGAAUUCAGCCAUGCAUUGGCUUCACGUUCGAAUGUGGACCUCAAGGACAAAUACAGAAAUGUGAAAGUUAUGGAGAAUGGAGGUGGAUCACGGGAGAGGGCUAGGUUAUUAAUGAAAUGGAAUCAACAGAUCCCCAAGCAUGAUGAUUAUCAGAAGGCUUCUUCUGAUCCAAAAAAUGAUCAGAUGGCUUCUAGCACAGAAAUUGGGAGCAUAAAAGAUGAAAUUAUUGAUGCUAAGCCUCUUGCUAUUUCUGGUCCAGAAAAAUUGGCAGAGAAUUCCAGUCCGUUGAAGAAUUCAAUUUCAAGGCUAGAGGAUCUAAUAUUGGAAGCUGUAGCCAUAUUAAAGGAGCGAAAUGGAUCUAACAAGAGUGCUAUAGCAACAUAUAUAGAGGAAAAAUACUGCAGAGUCCAAAAGUUCAACAAGGUCUUGAGUAUGAAGUUAAAUGCUUUGGUAUCAAGUGGAAAACUCAUAAAGGUAAAUCGCAAGUACCGGCUUCCAUCAAGUCAAGCUCUGCUAGAAGAAAGAAAACCUGACGCUCCACUUCCACCAUGUCCAAUUCUGCUGGAAGAAAGAAAACCUGGCGUUCUACUUUUGGAGGGAAGGCCGAUAGAAUGCAAAAAAAUCGAAGAAAAAGAUGUCAAGCCUCUUACAAAGUUUCAGAUUGAUGCUGAACUUCAAAAGAUGAGGAACAUGACUGCAGAGGAGGUAGCUGCUGCUGCCGCUAAGGCAGUUGCAGAGGCAGAAGCAGCAAUGGCAGAAGCUGAAGCAGCAGCUCGGGAAGCAGAGAUGGCAGAAGCUGAUGCAGAAGCUGCACAAGCAUUUGCUGAAGCAGCAAGGCUAACUUUGAAAAACUUAACUGCUUCAGCUGUGGGAGUAAUCUCUCUCUCUCUCUCACACACACACACGCACACACACUCACACACUCACAUGCAGACAUAAGGUGGGGGAUGGAUAAGAUAGCAUGGAAAAAAUAAUCAAGAAUUAGGUGAUUCUGUAAAGACUACUGGAACAGACCAACAGAAAGCAGUUAAUCAGUUUUACAAGAGGAGGCCACAUCAGCACAACUAAUCGUCCACUUGCAACAGCUGUAACAGAAAGAAAUCAAAGAUUGUAAACAAUAUAAGUAGUGAAGCACAAAGAGAAAUAAGACAGUAAUUCUUUCGGCAUUAAUCUCUCUCUCUCCUUCCAACGAAUUCAAGAGGUUGGCUCCCUCGAAGAGUCCUGAGUUAGGCAGGUUCCUAACAUAUCAGAGCUAGCAUGACCAACACAAGAAACACGUCAGUAGACACCCGAGUGGAUCAGAUGGAGGUAGAGAUCCAUCGAAUGUCUUCAGAUCUCAAAGAAAUGGAGGAAGGUUUCAUUGCUCUCCUCAAUCAGCUGGAGCAAGUGGCAAUGAACAACGACAGAGGAAGCCAAGAAGAGCGCAGCAAUGAAAACAACCGUAGAACAGGGCCGGCGGCAACGAGAGCAGCCAAAAUCGAUUUCCCCAUCUUCUCAGGCGGCAACCCAACUCCCUAGAUUCUCAAAGCCGAACGGUACUUCGAUUACCAUGAGACACCUGGGCAAGACAGGGUAGCUUUGGCUUCUGCGCAUCUUGAAGGGUAAGCUAUCCUCUGGUUUCAAUGGUACCGACGGGGGCACCCUCGUUAAAAUUGGGCAAACUUCACUGAUGCCAUGACUAUCCGUUUUGGAUCGUCUGGGUUCGAAGAUCAUGAUGAGAGUUUGGCAAAGCUACGACAGGUGGGAUCAAUUAAAGAUUACCAGAUGGAGUUCGAAAAGCUAGCCGUGAGAGUCCAAGGGUGGACGGAGAAGGCGCUUGUGGGAAGCUUCGUCGACGGCCUAAAAGAAGAACUACGACUAGAAGUGAAGGCGAUCAACCCACUUCAUUCAUAAAUGCAGCAACACUAGCAAGAUUGUAUGAGGAUAAGUUCGCUCAAGCAAGAAAGGUGCAAUGGCCAUGGGGUCCAGGAACCAGGACCACAACACCAAACAAAGAGGAAGGAAUAUUGCGCCCAUGCCCAUUGGUUCCUUUCAAACGGCUGACCUGGGUAGAGAUGCAAGCCCGUAGAGACAAAGGACUUUGUUACAACUACAAAGAGAAAUUCGGGUCGGGCCAUUGGUGCAAGAAACAACAAGCAUUUCUCCUCCAAAUAAAUGCCGAAGAGGAAGACAACCUCACCGGUUGCAGGGAAUCUAACCCAAGGUGGGAAAUACAACCUAAUGGCACACCUGAAAUAUCUCUACAAGCCCUUACGGGACUUGCGUCCCCUCAAACAAUGAGAGUUGCAGGGCUAAUCUAGGGACGCCAAGUGUCAACCCUCAUAGACAGUGGCAGUUCCCUUAACUUCAUAACUCAAGUCUUGGUGGAUAAAAUGAGACUCCCAGUUCACCCAACAACUUUUACGGUUCAUGUGGCCAACGGUAAUAGCCUAUCUUGCAAUAGCAUUUUCAUGGGCUUACCACUAAAGGUUCAGGGUCACCAGUUUGCGGUGGACCUAUAUCCUCUUCAUCUCAUUGGAGUGGACAUGGUGCUAGGCAUUCAAUGGUUAAGACAGCUAGGGUCCGUUAUCUAUGACUGGGCCCAUCUCACCAUGGACUUCACAUCAGGGAACUCUACAGUCCAUCUACAAGGGCAAACAUGGAAGGGUCCAAGGCCCAUCAAUCUUGCAACAUUAACAAAGCAAAUGGGAGAUCCAGAUCAGCCCACAUUCAUGCACAUGGACUCAAAUUGGACCAGCCCAUCUUUAGCUAACAGUAGCCCAAAUGGGCCUAGAGACUUCCAAAGCCGCCUACAACAACUCCUUCAGCAAUAUGGCAGCAUGUUAGAAGAAUCCCAAGAACUUCCACCAUGCUGGGAGCAUGACCACCGCAUCCCCCUCAUGCCGAGAGCUGCCCCAACCAAUGUAAGACCCUACCGAUACCCUUACUUUCAAAAAUUUGAAAUCGAGAAGCAAGUUCAAGAUAUGCUUAAGUAAGGAAUAAUACAACCCAAUCACAGCCCAUUCCCUUCACCAGUAUUAUUAGUCAAAAAGAAGGAUGGGACGUGGCGAUUUUGUAUUGAUUACAGAUCCCUUAACAAUAUCACCAUUAAAGACCGAUUUCCAAUACCGGUCAGUGAUGAGCUGCUUGAUGAACUCAGUUAACUCACCAUAUUCUCAAAAUUAGAUUUACGAGCUGGGUAUCAUCAAAUAAGGGUACAUAGGGAGGAUGUUCACAAAACGACUUUCAGGACCCAUGAUGGCCACUAUGAGUUCCUGGUCAUGCCAUUUGGGCUGACCAAUGCUCCAGCCACAUUUCAAGCAUUAAUGAACGACAUAUUCUGGCCAUAUUUACGUAAGUUCAUCUUUGUUUUCUUUGAUGAUAUAUUGGUCUAUAGCCCCAAUUGGGAGGAACAUCAGAAUCAUCUACAGGUCACCCUAGCAACACUUGAGGCCCACCAAUUGUUCGCUAAAGAGUCCAAGUGCUCCUUUGGACAAAACCAAGUUCACUACUUGGGACAUGUUGUAGAGAACGGAACUAUAGCGGCCGACCCAGAUAAAAUCUCUAGUAUAAUGGGCUAGCCGCAACCCAAAAGUGUGAGAGUUGAGGGCUUUCUUGGGCCUGACUGGGUACUACUGCCGCUUCAUCAAAACUACGGCCUAAUAGCUACCCUGUUGACCCAAUUGCUGAAACAAGAUGCUUUUCACUGGUCAACCCAGGCCCAACAAGCUUAUGAGUAGUUGAGACAGGCAGUUGUGAGCCCUCCAACAUUAGCAUUGCUCGAUUUCACAAAAGACUUCAUCAUUGAGUGUGAUGCCUCCGGUCAAGGUGUUGGGGCUGUUCUCAUGCAAGAGGGGCGACCACUAGCCUUUUUCAGCAAGGCUUUAACAUCAUCACAAAAGUGGGCUAAAUUAGUUUAUGAACGAGAAUUAAUAGCAGUGGUCUUAGCAGUCCAACGUUGGCGAUCUUACUUGCUCGGUAGACGGUUCAUAAUUCGGACCGACCAUCAAAGUUUGAAGUUCUUAUUGGAUCAAUCAGUCCUAUCCCCGGAACAACGAUGGAUAUCCAAGCUACUGGGGUACGACUACAUAAUUGAAUACAAAAUAGGGGCUGCUAAUCAGGUGGCUGACGCCCUCUCACGGCACCCACAAUCAUUUCAGUUACUAGUAUCUUCCCCAACUUCUCCACUCCUAGAUCUACUUCGGAAAGAAGCCCAAUCCCAUAGAGAGUUACAGCAGUUGAAGGCCCAAGUAUUGGCAAAUCCCUCACUGCACCCUGGGUACACCAUUAAGAAUGUUCUACUCUUCUUCAAAGGACGCCUGGAAAUUCCAACGGAUUCUGCUCAUCUCAGGAAGCUCCUGGAAUUAUUCCAUGCCUCAUCCACAGGUGGCCACUCUGGCAUCCUACGAACACAAAAACACAUCGCCACACAAUUCCAUUGAAAAGGCAUGCGUACAUCUAUCCAGAACUUCAUAGCCGGGUGUGCAGUAUGCCAACAAAACAAGUCGGCCACUAUAACACCAGCAGGCCUCUUGCAACCACUCCCAAUACCAACCCAAGUUUGGGGUGAUAUAUCAAUGGAUUUCAUCACAAGAUUGCCCGUUUCUGCCAGCAAAACAGUUAUCCUUGUGGUAGUGGAUAGAUUGACGAAAUAUAGUCAUUUCCUUCCUCUAUCACACCCAUUUACAGCAGUCACAGUUGCUGAAUUGUUCCUCUGGGAAAUUGUACGCCUACACAGGCUCCCCAGCUCAAUUGUAUCAUACAGUGAUCCUAUUUUUAUGAGUCAUUUCUGGGCUGAGCUUUUUUGCCUACACGGGGUUAAACUCUUCAAGUCAACUAGCUAUCACCCCCAAUCUGAUGGACAGACAGAGGCGGUUAACAAGAGUCUCGAGACAUAUCUGAGAUACUUUGUAGGAGAUCGACCAAGACAAUGGGUGAAGUGGAUCCACAGGGCUGAAUGGUGGUACAACACCACUUUCCAUAGCGCCGCUGGGAUGACACCUUUCAGAGCUCUAUAUGGUCAGGAUCCUCCCCUUCUACUUCCUUGUGAAAAAGGGACCACCACAGUAGCGGCCUUAGAAGAACAGCUGACACAACGAGAUGAGGUGUUAAAGGAACUGAGACAUCAUCUCUUACAGGCACAGCAAUGGAUGAAGCACACCUAUGAUAAACAUCACAAGAAUGUCCAAUAUGAAGUCGGUGAUUGGGUGUUUCUCAAAUUAUAACCUUUCAGACAGAUUUCAGUUGCAAGCCGACAGUGGAAGCCCACGCUAUUUUGGACCAUUUAAAAUCCUUGAGAGAAUAGGGGCAGUGACCUAUAAACUGCACCUUCCGGCAACAUCAAAACUGCACCCUGUAUUCCAUAUCUCCUUACUGAAGAAAGGGCCGAAGCCAGGAGUCAUUACAAGUGCGACCCAUCCCACAUUUUCAGAGGAAGGACUAGUGCAGAUUGAUCCAGCCCACAUCAUUGAUUUUAGAUGGGUGGACCGGGUUGGAAGAAUCAUACCAGAAGCAUUAGUUGUUUGGUCUAAACUCCCAGAAGAGGAUGCAACUUGGGAAUCCUACUUAGGUCUGCAAUAUUUUCCCACAUUAGACCUUGAGGGCAAGGUCACUCUAAAGGAGAAGGGGGGAUUGUAAAGACUACUGGAACAGACCAACAGAAAACAGUUAAUCAGUUUUACAAGAGGAGGCCACGUCAGCACAACUAAUCAUCCACUUACAACAGCUGUAACAGAAAGAAAUCAAAAACUGUAAACAGUACAAGUAGUGAAGCACAAAGAGAAAUAAUACAGUAAUUCUUUCGGCAUUAAUCUCUCUCUCCUUCCAACGAAGUUCGUAACAGAUUCUAACGAAUCUGACCUUCKAAAGCCUGUUGACUGGUCACCAAAAGUUUGUUGACUAUUCAGAUCAGUGCAAAGUUUCAAUUAACUGGGCACCAUAGGGUUCUUUUGCCAUGCAGAAAUUGCAGCAGCCAUUCUGGGGUCAAACGAACCUACCAGAUCUGACAUUGCUGUUCUGUACUAGCAUUUAACAGCUAAUACCUGCAUAAGAUCAAUCUUAAUAUUUUUAUUCCUUGUAGUGGUGAUAUUUACAGGAAUCUUUUGCUUCUGCAGAUGGUUCACGGUUGACCAUAAACAUCAUGAUUCAGCUCAAGGAAAAAUCAACAUCUCAAGACUGUUCCUCAUUUUGUUCAUAGAACCCCGGUCACUCGUAUAGGGACUGGUGGGUGCAUUGAACAGGUUUUCGGAUUUAAAAAUCAUAUUGUAAAGAAGAGGAAGUUUCCAAUUUUUUGUGGACUUAUUCUGUGUUGAUCUCAGAUUUUUUGACUUAAAUGAGCUUUGAUGGUAGAGCUGUUGAUGAGAUAUGUCAAAGAAAAUGAGUAUACAUGUAUUGGUUCAUUUUUGUAGAUAAAGCCCAAAAAAAGCUUCUUUUUGGCAUUGCAUUGGGUCUCAA